AUGGUCCACGUGGCAAGUCUCGCCAUUCUCGCUGUUCUUUGCCUCUCGUUGGCUCAAGCUUCCAUCGGAACCGCCCGUCUCAAGACCGGCGAAUCAUUCCUAAUUCGUGAAGCUGAAAACGCGGGAGCUCUCGCUCGAAACGUGGCAUCCGGUCAUCAAAAAAUGGAAUUCUCGGGAAGAAAUCGUGGAAAAUGGGUGGAUGACAAGGGCCGCGUCGUGAAUUCCUCGAAUUUCCGUCUCUAUCGAAAUGGCUCCGUUUUGAUGAAACACGCGAGAAUCGCCGACGCUGGAACCUAUCAAAAGGACCCGAAUCCAAUGAUUCGUAUUGGAGACAUGGGUUAUGCGCCUCCAAUUCUCAUCAUCCAAGUUGACAAUUAA